UACUUAAAUUUCACUCAUUUCCAUAUCGCGUUGUUUGUUGUCUUUCAAUAUAAAUGUGAAUUUAAAAGCUUUAGAAAUGUGUGAGUCUGUAUAUAUAAUGCUUUAACUUAGAGUUCCCUGCUUACUGAUAUUCCGAUGCUGAUUUAAUCGGAUUAUAUUUUUGGAGGAAGACAAUAAUAGCCAAUAUAGGUUAUUUCCGUUUUUCAGAAAACGAAACAAGGAAAACAAUUUAGUUCGAAAAUAUUAAUUCUAAGCUGAACGUGGUUUCGCAUUGUCAUCAGUUAUGAGAUUAUUUUGCAGUGUUUUAAAGUUGUAUUGAAUAAGGUCGUAGAAAUGGAUCAUACAAAGGAAAACAUGAUGAGAUUGUCCACGAAUCCUGAACAUGGACAUGAUGAACACGGAAUGACUUCGAAAAGUAGUUCACGAUUGGAAAGGAAGGCGACACAAAGGUCUAAGUCAGCCGAGGGUAGAAAGAGUUUCAGGAAGAAGGACAAGAACUCACAAAUCUACACGUCUGCUAUCUGUCUUUUCGGGAUCUUGAAUAUUCUACUAGUGGUACUGAACGGACUGGCGGUGUUCUAUCUGGUAAGCGAGAAAGCCCCGCCCCAACCGACAUCCAGACUCUGUGUCCGAUGUCAGGAUAUCAAAGCGCACCCAGACGAUGUUAAAACAUGGAAACACAUUGUACAAGAGAACGAUACGUGUUGCCUUGACGACCCCAAACAUCUGAACUAUCUGGUGGAAUACUAUACAGAACGAUGGAUGAAAACACGCCUUACGAACAGCAAUAAAACAUUUCAAUACUGUAAGGACCCAAAACGUGAUGAAUUCAAGGCGAGACCUUCUAUUAAAGUCAUGGGCUUCAGCGAACCACGGAUACAUUCUGAGCAUCAACGCAUGCAGUGGGACCAGCACCAUCAACUAGCCCUUGUUCCCGAUCCUACCAAGAUACAGUAUUUGGAAGAUGACGCGCAAAUUGUGAUAAAGCAGGCUGGCGUAUACCACGUGUACAGUCAGGUUCAUUUUGACCAUAAACAGAACAGCAACAGUCUCCAGCCUGUGGUCUUCUCGCACAUGAUUUACAUGAAUAAAGCAGGGACUUCCAUAGGUGAAGGAACCAUCGUGAUGCGGAGCCGGGAGACAGAGUGUGAGAGCGAAAAUCCGCGGGUGGUGGGGUCAAGCUAUUUGGCUAGCUCCUUGCAGCUUGAGGACGGAGACAGGCUCUACGUAAAAGUCUAUACAAAGGAUGAUGUCAUGGCCGAGCCACAUAUGAACUUCUUUGGGGCUCACAUGCUGUAGAGAAAAACUCUAGAUUCAUCCAAGGUCUCGCGGUAUUUGGGUCAAAAUUACUCCUAAGGCGAAUACCCCAACAGCCAUUGGGGUAAAAUUCCUUCGACGAGGCCAUGCCAUAAAUUUCAAUGUGUAAAAAGUGUUAUAAAUGAAGGAUACGAAAAAAAGUUUUUAUUCAAAAACGAUAUCAUACAGAUUAUUUUGUAAAAAUCGGUCAAUGAAUUGAUCCAUCAAUACAUACAAUAGAUGCAAUUGAACAAUUAAUGGACGUAGACUUCCGUAUAUUGAUAUCUCCAAAUAUGUACAACAUAAAUGUAUGUCCUAUCUUGUCAAGACUUAUCAAGAAAUGAGAUAAAUGUUUGAUUUUUAACAUUAAUCAUUUGUGAUAAUGCUUAUUAUUUUCACAAACAAACAAUCUAACUAUUCAGACUUCAAACGCAUGAUUACAAGUAUACUUUUCCCUACAAUAGUUUUUCUAUGUUCUAUUAGACAUGUUAUGAUGACAUAUUCGUUUUUAUACAAUGAGUAAUAGAAAUCGGAACAUAACCAGCAAAUUCAUAUGUUAACAUGAAAGAUUAUCGCCUAUUAAAAUAGUCUCAGUGUCGACUUGAAGGGGUGUACCCUUCCAUUUAUUGGGGGACAUUUUCAAAAUCGAUUUGAAUGUUUUCUUAGACUUUUGCUGUAAACGAACUAUGAGAAACAGACACUCUCUUGAUACAUGUAAAAGCAAUUAGUUGUAUAUAACUUUAAAGACUGGUAAUUGUAAAUAACAUCCGUCUACUAUGUUUGUGUAUUCUGUAUAUAACAUAUAAUUCAUAAUUAGAUAUUUAAAUGUAAAAUUUAUGAAUAACAUGAUUUUCUCUUCAAACUUUCCAUGUCUAUAAAUUAUAUAAAAAAACAGCAUUCUUGCCUUUAGCAUCCAGUUAAUAUUUUCUAUGUAACAAUUACAUUGUUUAACAACAUUAAAGUCUGUUUUGGUCAGUUAAUAGCUAUCUUAUUUUCGUAGAGGCAAAAAUAUAUAGAAAUGGUAGACGUGUGUGCGUUUGAGAACGUGCGUACAGGCGUCGAAAACAUUUUUGUCCUUGUCAUAACUCCAAAAUUCUUUGAGGUAUUUACUUCAAAAUUCAUAUACAGAUCGAUCAUAUUGCGAAAGGCAAUGCAUAUAAAUUAUAAACCAUGACUGUGAUAACAUUUGUACAUAUUUCAUGUGUAACAUCGUUUGUAUAUAGUUGCUUAUAUACGUGUUUGCUUUCAAAAUAAACGGAUUUAAUAGUA